GUGAAUAACACUGAAGACCCUCAAGAGGCUUUGUAACGUCCCAUCCUCAUGUAAAGUAUGCUCAGAACUUUUCCAGUAGUCUGGAAGCAUGUUGGACUUCACUAUUAAAAUCACCACUUAAAAUUGUAAAGAUCUGGUUCACAGCAGGAGAGCAGUCUGGAGAGAUGUAAAGCAGAGUAAGUUACUCACCCAAGUGGCAAAACGACUGGGUUUGCUCACUGCCAGCAUCCAUUAAAAUGAUUUUAUCAGCAGAGAAUUUCAGAGAAUAAGUGGAAGAGCAGCUUGUGUAGAGCAGUGAGUCGGGGUUUGGGGCUCUUUAACCAGCUGAGAAACUUGAAGCCUCCUGGAGAAAUGAUGUGUUGAUAUUCUGCUCUCAGCUUGCCUCCUCUAAUUUGUGUAGCGCCUGCUGGAAACCAUGUCUCACUACACAGACGAGCCAAGAUUCACCAUAGAGCAGAUCGACCUCCUGCAGCGCCUGAGACGCACGGGAAUGACCAGGCAUGAGAUCCUGCACGCCCUGGAAACCUUGGACCGUCUUGACCAAGAGCAUAGCGACAAAUUCGGGAGAAGGUCUGGCUACGGAGGCGGCUCCUACAGCAACAGCACCAACAACGUCCCGGCGUCUUCCUCGACGGCCACGGCUUCCACGCAGACCCAGCACUCCGGGAUGUCCCCAUCCCCAAGCAACAGUUACGACACCUCCCCACAGCCUUGCACUACGAAUCAGAACGGGAGGGAGAGUAACGAGAGGUUGUCUGCCUUCAACGGGAAGAUGUCACCCACCCGCUACCCCCUGGCCAACAGCCUGGCCCAGAGGUCCUACAGCUUCGAGGCUUCCGAGGAGGACUUGGACAUCGACGACAAAGUGGAGGAGCUGAUGAGGAGGGACAGCAGUGUGAUAAAGGAGGAAAUCAAAGCCUUCCUCGCCAACCGGAGAAUUUCCCAAGCAGUUGUUGCACAGGUAACAGGUAUCAGUCAGAGCCGGAUCUCCCAUUGGCUGUUGCAGCAGGGGUCGGACCUGAGUGAACAGAAGAAAAGGGCAUUUUACAGAUGGUACCAGCUUGAGAAGACAAAUCCUGGGGCUACACUAAGCAUGAGACCCGCUCCCAUCCCAAUAGAAGAGCCAGAAUGGAGACAGACGCCUCCCCCAGUCACAGCUACCUCUGGGACCUUCAGACUACGGCGAGGCAGUCGGUUCACGUGGAGAAAGGAGUGCCUGGCUGUUAUGGAGAGUUACUUCAAUGAGAAUCAAUAUCCCGACGAGGCAAAGAGAGAAGAAAUUGCCAACGCCUGUAACGCAGUUAUACAGAAACCAGGUAAAAAGUUGUCGGAUUUGGAGCGAGUUACCUCCCUCAAAGUGUACAACUGGUUUGCCAACAGGAGGAAGGAGAUCAAGAGAAGAGCCAAUAUCGAAGCAGCAAUCCUGGAGAGCCAUGGAAUAGAUGUACAGAGUCCAGGAGGUCAUUCCAACAGCGACGACGUGGACGGCAACGAUUACUCGGAGCAGGACACUUGGCAAGUCCGCAACGGGGAGGAGGAGGGACGAUGUUCCGAGGGAGGCAGAGAAGCAGAGAAGGUAGAAGAAGACAGGAGGAUCUGCUCCAAACAAGAUGACAGCACUAGCCAUAGUGACCACCAAGACCCCAUUUCCUUAGCCGUGGAGAUGGCAGCAGUCAACCACACCAUCCUGGCGCUGGCCCGGCAAGGAGCCAACGAGAUCAAGACAGAGGCUCUGGACGACGACUGAUGCCAAGAAAGGGGAGGGUCAAAGCAAGAAGUAACUUAGUUUUAGACGUAGCACCUUAGCAGACUUUCCUCGGUCCUUAAUAUGUGUUCUUACAGUAUAACUUUGCAGUUUCUUGUACGUCAGUUAGCUGUUAGGGUCUUGUUCUGUGAAGAUGGCAUGGUGCCCUCAGCCUUUGCAUAUACUCUCUCAGUAUUAAUUCCCAGUAAAUAAUCAAUCAACCAACCAACCUCCCUCUCCCGGCCCCCAGUGGCUAGAAAGGUAAAAUCAAAAAACAAAAAAACAAAAAAACAAAAUAAUCAAAAAAAAGAAAAAAAAAAAGAAAAAGAAAUAUAUCUUGCUGCUCUGUCUUAGCAUUCAAAGUGCUUCCAGGUAUUUUAGACAGCCCUCAAUUACAAGUCUUAGGCUACACUUAAAAUCUUGGAUAACCUUAGAGAUGGUGUUGAAACCGAUAGUCCGUACGCUUACCCUGCCCUGAGACUGGAAGGAUGCAAGCUGAGGUAGUGGCACAGGGUGGAUGGACACCAGACCGGGAGUAUCAACAGAGAGUAAAAAGAACACUUAGAAACCCCACUCCAGCAUGGGAAUAAAUGAUUUCCAGCUGCAAUAAGCCGUGCCUCACUGGUCAUACAGUGACUCCGUUUACUUCCGGGUGCUGUGCUGAGAAUGUCCAUUGGAAACACAUUCCCACAUUUCGGUUGAUGCUCACAUAUUCAACACAGACAUCCUCUACUCUCACAAGCUGCCUGGCUUAGUGGAGAAGUGCUGCCUUCUGCCUCUGGGACCAUGGUUGAAGCCCAGCCUGGGAUCAAAUGAAAAAUGAGCUGAAUGUCUAAUGGACAACAGUCCACUUCUCAGAACCACUGCGCGUUCUUGGCAUGGCUGGCAGUGCCUGCUCAGAAGAGGUCUAGACUCUUACCCAUCUGUCAUUAACAAUUUCACCUUUAAUUCCUCCUCUCUCACCUUUUCUGUCCCCACCCUACUCCCCUCUCCACUUUGCCACUUUCGAAAGCAAUGUUUUCCAGGAAGGUUGUUAAGGUCCUGAAAUGGGUGAGUGGAUUUUCACACGCCUGUGUAAGUAAUGCCUACGUCCCGACUAGCCUGAAAGGUUACUGGAGAAUUCGACAUCUGACCUUUGCUAGAUAACCAUCAGAGCAUAAAUAUUCUCCUAAAUACGAACUUUUUUUUGUUGGUUUUGAGGCAGGAGGAUCUCUUACCUGAGAAAUGGGGUGUGAAUGUUUUGUGUUCUCUUUACUCUGUCUUUGUUAAGGUGUGAGAAAGCUAUACUGCUACGAGCAAUUUAAUUAAUAAUUGGAAGCCAUACUGAUAAUGGAUGUGGUAAUAUUUGUAAAGCAAACCUACUCUAAGUAGCAGGAACUAAUGGAAUUGUUUUCCUUGAUCAUAUGUAGCACUUUUGUUACUUUUUUCUUAAAGAUAUUUAUAUUUGAUAAGUCUUUUUUUUAUCAUUUGAGAAUUCCAAAUACCAAACAGCAAACUUGCAUUACAGAGUCACCCUGCGAUCACCUUGUCAUCUAGUAUCUAAAUGAUGAACUGUGUGUGCAUCUAAGAAAAUUACAUCUGCUAGCAUUGUGUGGAAAUGAUCUCCUGGCAUCCUGAUAAAAUGAUAUGUUGCUGCCGGUAAGAGGAAACAUUUUGAUGGAAACAGCACGAGAAGCGUUAGAGACGGGCAGGGCUGUGUUACAUUAACAGAGAACAAAUUAAAAACCUACGGAAAUUUUUGUGUA